AAGAGGGGAGUUACCAUGGCGCUACCGAUAAGAGGAAUUGUGGUGCUUGGAAUAAACAGAGCUCAUGCCAAAAAUUCAUUCAGUAAAAAUCUCGUUAAAAUGCUCUCAAAAGCUGUGGAUGCUUUAAAAUCUGAUAAGAAAGUACGGACUGUAAUAGUGAGGAGUGAAGUCCCAGGGAUAUUCUGUGCUGCCUUUUACAGACAGACCAUAUUCCCAAGCAAAAUGAUCAUUCUUCAAAAGAUGCCCAGCGUUCAUGUCGGCCUCUGGACUGGAAGUGGGUCUUCUCCAGAUUCCCAAGGAGAAGCGGCCUAGGGCAGGUCUGCUGCUCCUAAUAAAGCAACUCGGUCUUUCUCCACUGCACCUCUCCGAGCCAGGCCCUGGGCACCGCAAAGGGAGAGGUUCCCUGAACCUGCUUCCUGCACACCUAGGCUAGGAUACAUCUUGUAGGAGGCAGCUUCAGUGCCAGGUAGGCGGUGGCCAGAUCCUCCGGCGCCUCGCCUCCUGGGCUGCAGUCCAACGUCUCCCAGCACCCCAGCCUCAGACGCGCCCCGCAGUUGCCCGUACCACCAGUCACCUCAGCACAGACCCCAGCAGCCCGGGAGACAGCUAACCAAAGCCGGCCACCUGGC